AUGGCCGUUGUCCACAAGAACUUUGCCGAUUACUAUAACUCUCUUGUUUCACGCGUUCCAACUCACCAUGAGUUACUGCUGCGUUUGUGCCGUGAGGAGACAGGGGAGCGAAAGGCUAUUGAAGAACAGUUAAGCCACGCACUCGCUGAUCUUAUGCAUGAACGAGGUGUGAUGAUUGCCGAGAGGAAAGAAAUCGAGCGUAACCCGACUCUAAAAUUCGAGCCGAGUCUCACACGUUUAAUUACGCUGGGCAUGAGGCAAACCAACCUAGAGUUGAUAAGGCAGCGUCAACAAAAUCCAUUGGUGCGGCAGCAGCCACUCAUCCGUGCCUUUCCACGGGCGAAGUACUUCACGCUGUUAAAGGAGGAAGAAGAGUUGCGAACGUGGCUCAGUGGUGUCGAGCAUCGCCUCCGUGAGAAAGUUGAAAAGGAAUGUUCGCAUUCGUGGUUUUUGCUGGUGUGUCUACGUCAACUCGUUGAUCAUGAGAAUGAGGUCCGUGAACGCAUACAGCAAACUGAGGCAGACCAGCGUGUCGUCAUCCGACGUGGCGUCUUUCGCUACGCUCCACCUGAGUUCUUCCGCCGUCAGUGCGUUGAACGUACCAAAGGCCCUGUUAAAGAAAAAACUUUCGAGGAAGAGCACCUAGACUCCCGUGCUGUCGUUGAGGCGGAGGAGCUGGAGGAAUGGAAAUGUAUGCUCCGCUGGUUGUUUGAUAUGUACGGCGUACGGUUGUAUUCAACGAGUCGGUGCGAGACAGCAGAACGGUAUUUCAUUGAGGAGGAAGAGCAAAAGGAGCUUUGGGAGAAGACUCUCGAGUGUACACGAGAAUCAUAUGGACCAUAUGGUAAGCUUACCGCGACGAUAGCGUGGCAUGGAACCAGCUGCACUCCACUGAUGCGCAUGUUGACGUGCUUACCAGAGAAGAUAAGGGAGGCUGCGGAGGCUAAAGCAAGAGAGGCCAACAAGUACCCGCCUGUUCAUGAGUCGUCGGCUGAGUCGUCACGAUCGGUGACACCUAGACAGGAGGUUGAAGAGCAUGAGGAGCUUGAUGAGGCUGAUAUUCCCAAGGAGGCAUCAACUGGGUCUUCUCCAAAGAAGCCUGCAAGUGAAGAUGCCGGCGAACAAGUUGCUGCUGAAGGUGUUGAAGAUGCCACUGAACAACCAGCUGAACAGGCUGAAGAUGCCACUGAACAACCAGCUGAGGAGGUUGCUCAGGAAACUGCAGCUGAGCAAACAGAUGAGCAUGAAGAACUUGAUGAGGCUGAUAUUCCCAAAGAGGCAUCAACUGGGUCUUCUCCAAAGAAGCCUGCAAGUGAAGAUGCUGGCGAACAAGUUGCUGCUGAAGGUGUUGAAGAUGCCACUGAACAAUCAGCUGAACAGGCUGAGGAUGCCACUGAACAACCAGCUGAGCAUGAAGAACUUGAUGAGGCUGAUAUUCCCAAGGAGGCAUCAACUGGGUCUUCUCCAAAGAAGCCUGCAAGUGAAGAUGCCGGCGAACAAGUUGCUGCUGAAGGUGUUGAAGAUGCCACUGAACAACCAGCUGAACAGGCUGAAGAUGCCACUGAACAACCAGCUGAGGAGGUUGCUCAGGAAACUGCAGCUGAGCAAACAGAUGAGCAUGAAGAACUUGAUGAGGCUGAUAUUCCCAAAGAGGCAUCAACUGGGUCUUCUCCAAAGAAGCCUGCAAGUGAAGAUGCUGGCGAACAAGUUGCUGCUGAAGGUGUUGAAGAUGCCACUGAACAAUCAGCUGAACAGGCUGAGGAUGCCACUGAACAACCAGCUGAGCAUGAAGAACUUGAUGAGGCUGAUAUUCCCAAAGAGGCAUCAACUGGGUCUUCUCCAAAGAAGCCUGCAAGUGAAGAUGCCGGCGAACAAGUUGCUGCUGAAGGUGUUGAAGAUGCCACUGAACAAUCAGCUGAACAGGCUGAAGAUACCACUGAACAACCAGCUGAGGAGGUUGCUCAGGAAACUGCAGCUGAGCAAACAGAUGAGCAUGAAGAACUUGAUGAGGCUGAUAUUCCCAAGGAGGCAUCAACUGGGUCUUCUCCAAAGAAGCCUGCAAGUGAAGAUGCCGGCGAACAAGUUGCUGCUGAAGGUGUUGAAGAUGCCACUGAACAACCAGCUGAACAGGCUGAAGAUGCCACUGAACAAUCAGCUGAACAGGCUGAAGAUACCACUGAACAACCAGGAGAACAAGCUGAAGAUACCACUGAACAACCAGCUGAACAAGCUGAAGAUACCACUGAACAACCAGCUGAGGAGGCGGAAGAUACCACUGAACAACCAACUGAACAAGCUGAAGAUGCCACUGAACAACCAGCUGAACAGGCUGAGGAUGCCACUGAACAACCAGAUGAGCAUGAAGAACUUGAUGAGGCUGAUAUUCCCAAAGAGGCAUCAACUGGGUCUUCUCCAAAGAAGCCUGCAAGUGAAGAUGCCGGCGAACAAGUUGCUGCUGAAGGUGUUGAAGAUGCCACUGAACAACCAGCUGAACAGGCUGAAGAUGCCACUGAACAAUCAGCUGAACAGGCUGAAGAUACCACUGAACAACCAGGAGAACAAGCUGAAGAUACCACUGAACAACCAGCUGAACAAGCUGAAGAUACCACUGAACAACCAGCUGAGGAGGCGGAAGAUACCACUGAACAACCAACUGAACAAGCUGAAGAUGCCACUGAACAACCAGCUGAACAGGCUGAGGAUGCCACUGAACAACCAGAUGAGCAUGAAGAACUUGAUGAGGCUGAUAUUCCCAAAGAGGCAUCAACUGGGUCUUCUCCAAAGAAGCCUGCAAGUGAAGAUGCUGGCGAACAAGUUGCUGCUGAAGGUGUUGAAGAUACCACUGAACAACCAGCUGAACAAGCUGAAGAUACCACUGAACAACCAGCUGAGGAGGCGGAAGAUACCACUGAACAACCAACUGAACAAGCUGAAGAUACCACUGAACAACCAGCUGAGGAGGCGGAAGAUGCCACCGAACAACCAGGAGAACAAGCUGAAGAUACCACUGAACAACCAGCUGAACAGGCUGAGGAUGCCACUGAACAACCAGCCGAGGAGGUUGCUCAAGAAACUGCAGCUGAGCAAACAGAUGAGCAUGAAGAACUUGAUGAGGCUGAUAUUCCCAAAGAGGCAUCAACUGGGUCUUCUCCAAAGAAGCCUGCAAGUGAAGAUGCUGGCGAACAAGUUGCUGCUGAAGGUGUUGAAGAUGCCACUGAACAACCAGCUGAACAAGCUGAAGAUGCCACUGAACAACCAGCCGAGGAGGUUGCUCAAGAAACUGCAGCUGAGCAAACAGAUGAGCAUGAAGAACUUGAUGAGGCUGAUAUUCCCAAGGAGGCAUCAACUGGGUCUUCUCCAAAGAAGCCUGCAAGUGAAGAUGCUGGCGAACAAGUUGCUGCUGAAGGUGUUGAAGAUGCCACUGAACAACCAGCUGAACAAGCUGAAGAUGCCACUGAACAACCAGGAGAACAGGCUGAAGAUGCCACCGAACAACCAACUGGUGAGGGUGAUGCGUAA